AUGGCAGCGCUGGGAGACCGACGACGCCUCAACGCACCGGCAGGAGGCACAGCGCCACCAGUCUUCGCCACUGCUCAAGAUUUUCAGAUCGAGCGUCCUUCACGGAGCAGAAACGCAGACGAACAUCGCAAAAUCUUUCUACGAACAGGCGUAGUGCCAUCAGCUAGCGGCAGCGCCUACUACGAGAUCCAACCACAAAUUACAGAUGCCUCAAGCAAGCUCCUUGUACCAUCAUCCUCAAAUCUGAAGAUCUCCUGCACCGUCCAUGGCCCACGACCUUUACCACGAAAUGCAGCAUUCAGUCCCAACCUGCUGCUGACAACACAUGUCAAAUUCGCCCCCUUUGCCACUCGCCAACGACGAGGGUAUGUCAGAGAUGCGAGCGAGCGAGACUUGGGGGUUCAUCUCGAGACUGCGUUACGUGGCGUGAUCAUCGGUGAGCGUUGGCCGAAGAGUGGCUGCGAAGUCAUCAUCACUGUAUUGGAAGGCGAAGAGGAUGGAUGGUGGGGAGACGCUCAAAGUGGAGGCAAAGCUGGAGGAUGGGGUACGAUGAAUGUGCUGGCUGGGUGUAUCACUGUCGCAAGUGCAGCGCUCGCUGAUGCUGGGAUCGAUUGUGUGGAUCUGGUUUCUGGAGGCGUUGCUGCUCUUUCGAGCAAUCGAGGCGAUACGCUACUGGACCCCUCGCAACCUGAGCAGGAUAUCAAGGCUGCUUGUGUAGUGGGCUAUUUGAAAUCGAGAGACGAGAUCACCCAGAUGUGGAUGAAGGGAGAUGCCGGUAUUCACAGCGAAGCGCUCAUUGACAGUGCUGUGAAGGCAGCCGUUUUGACCAGGUCUGUCUUGGCAGAGGCAGUAAAGGAAGCGGCGGAGCUCGAGCUGACAAAGUUGCCUGAUACCACCAAUGGCAAGCCGGUAGAACCAGUCAAGAAACAGAAGGACGUAGUGAUGACUGGGUGA